GACAGAAUCUGGGCUCUGUCAGAACCGGUGCCGGAGCCCUAGCUCAAACAAUCCGCCAGACAACUAAAGGGUUGUUCCUGUGCCUGUUUAUACCCACAGACUGAAAGGACCAGAGCUGAUAGAACGUUACAACUUUUUUAAAAAACUUUUUUUUAAAAAAAGCAUAGUUACUAAAAACUCUCUCAAACUACCAGGAUACAAGCGACCCCUAUGUAGUAAGGUGUUUGAUUCUGCAAGUUGUAGGUGGGAUUCUGGUAGAGGUGGAGUUAGCCUCCACGCUGGAAGUGUAGGCAGGAUAGAGGGAGCGUGAUCCCCUUCAAGGAACUCCCUCAAACUGUUACCGCUGUAACCAAUGAAGUGGCUGAGAGUAAUUCGUCCAGUGUGGUGACAUCACCAGCACGAAAGGAGAUCUCAGAGGUUGCUCAACGAUCCACGUUGUUUGCACCAAGUUUUAAUCCCUGCUUUUUGCAUGUUCCUUGCUAAUUCACGGUGGCCGGUCCCUCUGAGUGUAUCAAGCUGCGAGUACUUGCAGCUAGAAGACUUUUGGCAAGACUGCGAUCAGAUUCGUCUUUGACCCGGCGGUGACUGACCGGGCACACAGUUGAUUUUUUUGUGGAAAUCUUGAAGGGAAGUGUGUCGUCAGACAAGGCAAAACAUCUGAACUAACUUUCUCGUUCUCUACUCCUCACCUACCACAAGCCGCGAAGAUGUGCAUCACCAUCUUGUCUACGUGCUUUGGACUGUAUCUGUUGUGGGGACAUUGUACAGGAGCCUUGGAGAUCCAAGUUCCCGAAGUCCCUGUGAUUGCCAGAUAUGGGAAGGACGUCACCCUGAACUGCUCGUUCACAGCGGAGGGCAAUUUUUCCCUCGGUGACCUCAGCGUCAUAUGGCAGCUCACCGAGACUCGAACAUUGGUGCACACCUACUCCCACCAACAGGACCUGCAGAGCGAUCAGGAAGACAGCUUCGUGAACAGGACGGCGCUUUUCCUGGAGGAGCUGGACAAGGGAAACGCCUCCUUACUUUUGAGGCACGUGAAGAUCGAGGAUGAAGGCAGCUUCACCUGCUUUGUUAGAAUUAAAGACCACAACAGUGCUCCCAUCAUGCUGCAACUUGCAGCUUCUUACUCCAAGCCCAACCUUCACCUAGAGCCCAACAAAAACCUGAAGCCCGGUGAUGAGGUGGCCAUUGCUUGCCAUUCCUCGGGGGGCUAUCCACAAGCAACAGUCCAGUGGCUCGAUGGGAAAGGGAGCAACAUCACUGAGAACGUCACGACGUCGCAAGUGGCCAAUAAGGAGGGCCUGUUUGACGUGCGCAGUGUGAUCCGGGUGGUACUGGAGCCAAACAGCACAUAUAGUUGCAUGGUGAGGAACGAGCUACUGAACGAGGAGACGCUGGCGUCGGCUACCAUCACAGGGCUGCACCUAAAGUUCCCAGCCGUUGCCUUGUGGCUGACGAUUGGACUCUCUGUCUGUCUGCUGGGAUUGUUGGGUGCCCUGGGCUAUGUGUGCAGGCGGAAGAUACGGCAGAGUUGCAAGGAGAACGAGGGAGAGGACGGUGUGGAAGGGGAUGCAGAAGCAAGGACAGUGAUGAAGCCCUUGGAAAGUACUGAAGACAAAGAAGCAGAAGAGGAGGUACUUGAAUGACACCAAAGAAAACCUGAACCAAGCCAAGAGCCACACCACAAAGUGUUUCAGCAUUUAACUGCCUUACUCAUGGCUGUGACCAUUGAAUACAUCUUAGUUGACAGGACCCAAGGCUGAGAUUGACUGAAUAGCCAGAUGCGAAUGUAUUGAGCUGAAUUCUUGAUCUUUUGCUUGUUUAUCCAAACUAUUUGCUCCAUUAUCCUGGGAUUUGCUGCAGAUGUCACUGUUUAAAGGCCAACAUGCUCUACGAAAUUAAGAGUGUGGUUAAUUACUUUUCUUUAUGGAUUUAGCCAAACCCUUGGACAUCUUUGUCCAGCUUAAUUCCUGAAGAACAAAGAUUCUCAUUGAGAAUAUCGAACAGUGUGAAGCUGAAUGUAAUUUAGGGAGAUAUUUGUGUGUGUAGAUUUGAAUUGUAAUUUUUUUCCAGUUUUUGUUUUGGUUUAAUUACUGUUGAAUACAGUGAUGUACACACAGCCAGCUGUUGGCUACCCAUAAAACAUCUGCAUACCCGUUGCAA